UUUCUUGGGCGGGACACCAAAUCCAUGUAUCUUUACCGAUUAACCAAUUUCUCGACGCUGGAGUUGAUCCUAAAGAGAUACCGCUUCCUCAUGAAUUUAUCUUGAAUCGGGACCUUUUGGCUCAACUUUAUCCCAGUUUUGCCGAGGGAGCAACCCCCUUUUUCACCUUGAAUUGGUCAAAAUACGCGGAAUUUCUUACUUUUCGCGGAGGAUUGGACCCAAUAACAGGUGGUCUAUGGCUGACCGAUAUUGCACACCAUCAUUUAGCUAUUGCAAUUCUUUUCCUGAUCGCUGGUCAUAUGUAUAGAACCAACUGGGGCAUUGGUCAUAGCAUUAAAGACAUUUUAGAGGCUCAUAAAGGUCCAUUUACAGGCCAGGGCCAUAAAGGACUCUAUGAAAUCCUAACAACGUCGUGGCAUGCUCAAUUAUCUCUUAACCUGGCUAUGUUAGGCUCUUUAACCAUUAUUGUAGCUCACCAUAUGUAUUCCAUGCCUCCCUAUCCAUACCUAGCUAUUGACUAUGGUACACAACUUUCGUUGUUCACACAUCACAUGUGGAUCGGUGGGUUUCUCAUAGUUGGUGCUGCUGCACAUGCAGCAAUUUUUAUGGUAAGAGAUUACGAUCCAACUACUCGAUACAACGAUCUAUUAGAUCGUGUCCUUAGACACCGCGAUGCAAUCAUAUCACAUCUUAACUGGGCAUGUAUAUUUCUGGGUUUUCACAGUUUUGGCUUGUAUAUUCAUAAUGAUACCAUGAGCGCUUUAGGGCGUCCACAAGAUAUGUUUUCAGAUACCGCUAUACAAUUACAACCCAUCUUUGCUCAAUGGGUACAAAACACCCAUGCUUUAGCACCCGGCAUAACAGCUCCUGGUGCAACAGCAAGUACCAGCUUAACUUGGGGAGGUGGUGAGUUGGUAGCAGUAGGCGGCAAAGUAGCUUUGUUACCUAUUCCAUUAGGAACCGCAGACUUCUUAGUCCAUCAUAUUCAUGCAUUUACGAUCCACGUGACUGUAUUGAUACUACUGAAAGGUGUUCUAUUUGCUCGCAGUUCCCGUUUGAUACCUGAUAAAGCAAAUCUUGGUUUUCGUUUUCCUUGUGAUGGACCUGGAAGAGGGGGGACAUGUCAAGUAUCUGCCUGGGAUCAUGUCUUCUUAGGUCUAUUCUGGAUGUACAAUGCGAUUUCCGUAGUUAUUUUCCAUUUCAGUUGGAAAAUGCAGUCGGAUGUUUGGGGUACUAUAAGUGAUCAAGGGGUAGUAACUCAUAUUACAGGAGGAAACUUUGCGCAGAGUUCCAUUACUAUUAAUGGGUGGCUUCGAGAUUUCUUAUGGGCACAGGCAUCUCAGGUAAUUCAGUCUUAUGGUUCUUCAUUAUCUGCAUAUGGUCUCUUUUUCUUAGGUGCUCAUUUUGUCUGGGCUUUCAGUUUAAUGUUUCUAUUCAGUGGCCGUGGUUAUUGGCAAGAACUCAUUGAAUCCAUCGUUUGGGCUCAUAACAAAUUAAAAGUUGCUCCUGCUACUCAGCCUAGAGCCUUGAGCAUUGUACAAGGACGUGCUGUAGGAGUAACCCAUUACCUUCUGGGUGGAAUUGCCACAACAUGGGCAUUCUUCUUAGCAAGAAUUAUUGCAGUAGGAUAAUGGCUAGGAGGAUUUGAAAGGCAUUAUGGCAUUAAGAUUUCCGAGGUUUAGCCAAGGCUUAGCUCAGGACCCCACUACUCGUCGUAUUUGGUUUGGUAUUGCUACCGCACAUGACUUCGAGAGUCAUGAUGAUAUUACUGAGGAACGUCUUUAUCAGAACAUUUUUGCUUCUCACUUUGGGCAAUUAGCAAUAAUCUUUCUGUGGACGUCCGGAAAUCUCUUUCAUGUAGCUUGGCAAGGAAAUUUUGAGUCAUGGAUACAAGACCCUUUACAUGUAAGACCUAUUGCUCAUGCAAUUUGGGAUCCUCAUUUUGGUCAACCAGCUGUAGAAGCCUUUACUCGAGGAGGUGCUACCGGUCCAGUGAAUAUCGCUUAUUCCGGCGUUUAUCAGUGGUGGUAUACAAUCGGAUUACGCACUAAUGAAGAUCUUUAUACUGGAGCUCUUUUUCUAUUAUUUCUUUCUGCUAUAUCCUUAAUAGCGGGUUGGUUACACUUACAACCAAAAUGGAAACCAAGCGUUUCGUGGUUCAAAAAUGCCGAAUCUCGUCUAAAUCAUCAUUUGUCAGGACUUUUCGGAGUGAGUUCUUUGGCUUGGACAGGACAUUUAGUUCAUGUCGCUAUUCCAGGAUCCAGGGGACAGUACGUCAGAUGGAAUAAUUUUUUAGAUGUAUUACCCUAUCCUCAAGGGUUGGGACCACUUUUUACGGGUCAGUGGAAUCUUUAUGCCCAAAACCCUGAUUCGAGUAGCCAUUUAUUUGGUACUUCCCAAGGAACAGGAACUGCCAUUCUAACCCUUCUCGGUGGAUUUCAUCCACAAACGCAAAGUUUAUGGCUGACCGAUAUUGCUCAUCAUCAUUUAGCUAUUGCAUUUAUUUUCCUGAUCGCUGGUCAUAUGUAUAGAACUAACUUCGGGAUUGGGCACAGUAUCAAAGAUCUUUUAGAAACACAUAUUCCUCCAGGGGGUCGAUUAGGGCGUGGGCAUAAGGGUCUUUAUGACACAAUCAAUAAUUCGCUUCAUUUUCAAUUAGGUCUUGCUCUAGCCUCUUUAGGGGUUAUUACUUCCUUAGUAGCUCAACACAUGUACUCUUUACCUGCUUAUGCAUUCAUAGCACAAGACUUUACUACUCAAGCUGCGUUAUAUACUCAUCACCAAUACAUCGCAGGGUUUAUCAUGACAGGAGCCUUUGCUCAUGGAGCUAUAUUCUUCAUUAGAGAUUACAAUCCAGAACAGAAUGAGGAUAAUGUAUUGGCAAGAAUGUUAGACCACAAAGAAGCUAUCAUAUCUCAUUUAAGUUGGGCCAGCCUGUUUCUUGGGUUCCAUACCUUGGGCCUUUAUGUUCAUAACGAUGUUAUGCUCGCUUUUGGUACUCCGGAAAAACAAAUCUUGAUUGAACCUAUAUUUGCCCAAUGGAUACAAUCCGCUCAUGGUAAGACUUCAUAUGGGUUCGAUGUACUCUUAUCUUCAACGAAUGGCCCAGCAUUCAAUGCAGGUCGAAGCAUAUGGUUACCGGGCUGGUUGAAUGCUGUUAAUGAGAAUAGUAAUUCACUCUUCUUAACAAUAGGUCCUGGGGACUUCUUGGUUCAUCAUGCUAUUGCUCUAGGUUUGCAUACAACUACACUGAUUUUAGUAAAAGGUGCUUUAGAUGCACGUGGUUCCAAGUUAAUGCCAGAUAAAAAGGAUUUCGGUUAUAGUUUUCCUUGCGACGGCCCAGGACGCGGCGGUACUUGUGAUAUUUCUGCUUGGGACGCAUUUUAUUUGGCAGUUUUCUGGAUGUUAAAUACCAUUGGGUGGGUUACUUUUUAUUGGCAUUGGAAACACAUCACUUUAUGGCAGGGUAACGUUUCACAAUUUAAUGAAUCUUCCACUUAUUUAAUGGGAUGGUUAAGAGAUUAUCUAUGGUUAAACUCUUCACAACUUAUCAAUGGAUAUAAUCCUUUUGGUAUGAAUAGUUUAUCCGUAUGGGCGUGGAUGUUCUUAUUUGGACAUCUUGUUUGGGCUACUGGAUUUAUGUUUUUAAUUUCUUGGCGCGGAUAUUGGCAGGAAUUGAUUGAAACUUUAGCAUGGGCUCAUGAACGCACACCUUUGGCUAAUUUGAUUCGAUGGAGAGAUAAGCCAGUGGCUCUUUCCAUUGUGCAAGCAAGAUUGGUUGGAUUAGCCCACUUUUCCGUAGGCUAUAUAUUCACUUAUGCAGCUUUCUUGAUUGCCUCUACAUCAGGAAAAUUUGGUUAAUUUUAAUUUAGUUAUUUAUUAUUUUUUUUAUGUACUGUAUCAGCAACAAUCUCAUUUGUUUCGAUGGAGAGGGAGGAUCUACCUUCUUAUAUUUUUACAUCUAGGAUCCGAACUGUAUCAUUGAUAAUAAUAGGAACUGAACAUUAUAUUAUGGCAAGAAAAAGUUUGAUUCAGAGGGAGAAGAAGCGGCAGAAAUUGGAACAGAAAUAUCAUUUGAUUCGUCGAUCCUCAAAAAAAAAAAUAAGCAAA